AUGGACAAGACGUCAGUGCGCGUGGGGCUCAUCGCGGAUCAGCAGCAGUUCGUGCCAACGGUCGCCGACUGGUGGUGGCACGAGUGGGGCGAUUCCUACGUCGACCUCGGGGUGCACAACAGGGACGAAGCCGAGGCAUACCUUCGCAAGAACUUCCUGCAUGCCGACCGCAUUCCGCUGUGCGUGGUGGCCUGGACCACGGACGACGCCAAGGGCCAAGCCCGCGUGUGCGGCACGGUGUCGCUCGACGUGCAGGACCUCGCCAUUCGGCCACACCUCGGGCCGUGGCUGGUCAACACCUUCGUCCACCCCGACUUCCGGGGCCGCAGCAUCAUGACGCUCAUGCUCAACGACAUCACCCAGAGGGCGAAGGAUUUUGGCACCAAGGAGCUCUACCUGUGGACGCCCGACCCCAAGGUGGUGUCCAUGUACAAGCGCCAGGGCUGGAAGGAGGUGGAAGUGGUGGAGUACCAGAAGGAGCAGAUCACCAUCAUGAAGCUCGAGCUCGCCUCUUGGCCGCCGCGCAAAGACGCCGCCAAACUCUGA